AUGGAGCUUCCAUCUUCUACAGCUGUUGGAGUCGCCUCUACCAUGUCCGAAAUCUCCCUUACCAACACACUCACAUCUCCUCUCCUCCGCCUCCCCGCAGAAUUGCGCAACAAGAUCUACACCUACGUAGGCCAAUCUAAACACAUCCACAUUGCCGCGACCAUUACCAAUUUGACCUCUUUCAAAUUCACCGCGCAACUCCACCUCCCGGGCCUUCUCUCCACCUGCCAACAAACCCGCUCCGAAGCUACCGCACUCGUAUACGCUCAGACUAACAUCGACACGCUUCCCGGCGACACCUGGUACUGGCUCCACUCGAAAUCGUCCCACCAACUCUGCGCCUACGUCACCUCGCUCCGUAUCAGCGAAUCGUUCGCCGACCUCAUGGAGUGCGAGGUUGGUACGCGCGUGAAGAACUCGCAAGAUGCUAAAUGUUGUACCUUGGACUUGCUACGUCUGGAGCGUGUGCAUGUUAUUUGUAGGGCCUGGGCUGUGAACCUAUUGGAUGGCUCGUUGAUGAGGGAAGCGAUAGGGAAGUGGUUUGACAAAGAGUCUUUGGAUAUUGUCUUUGAGACAGGCCUGGAUCUUCCAUGUCGCCCUCCUGGCUCGCUCUUCGACGCACGUGAGCUGUUGGAGGAUUAA